CGUGAAACUGCUAUGGCUGGCUUCUCAGUGCGCAUCAUCCUUACCUCUUUCCUCUGUCAACUGACAGCAACAGCAGCUUCCGGAACACGGAAGGAGGUGGUUGGUGCCCUUGAUGGAUCUGUGACCUUCUCUCUGGAUAUCACCAAAAAAGAGAAAGACACUGUUAUCUGGACCUUCAAUACACUCACUAUUGCCAUAAAAAAUAAGGACAAUGUGAUUCUGACACAAAAGCACAACAAAGAAAGGAUAGUCUUUCCAGAAGGAAGCUACUCCAUGACACUCAGCCAGUUGAAGAAGAGUGACUCAGGAAUCUACCGUGUGGAGAUUCACAAUACAAUACUUGGGUCUCCCUUCACCAAGGAGUAUGCGCUGCACGUCUAUGAGUAUCUGUCAAGGCCGAGAAUCACCAUGGAUUGGCAAGACAACAAGAAUGGCACCUGCAGAGUCAACCUAACAUGUUCCAUGGAACAAGAAGGAGAGAAUGUGACUUACAGCUGGAAAGCUGUGGGACAGGCAGCCAAUGAGACCCACUAUGGUGCCAGCCUUCCCAUCUCCUGGACCACGGGAGAGGAAGACAAGACCUUAAUCUGCACAGCCAGGAAUCCCAUCAGCAAUUCCUCAACUUUCAUCCUUGCCCUCAAUCUCUGUAAAGGUGACUGCCUCCUUUUCCCAGGAGCCUCUGAUGCUGCCAAGGACCUAAAUUCAUCCGUCGUCUUCCUAUGCACCAUACUAGUGCCCAUCCUGCUCAGCAUCUUCCUGGUGGUUAUGUUUAUUGUCAUACAGACAAAGAAAAGAAAAGGAGUGGGAAGACAAACAGGCUUUGAUUUUCUUAACCUUGUUUCAGGCUGUGCAGUAGACUUGGACAGAGUGGAAAGCCACCAGGAACUCCCCAACUUGAAAGAGAAUAAUGAAUAUGACACAAUCCCUUACACAAAUAAAACAAAUCCAGAAGAUGCGGAAAACACACUUUAUUCCACUGUGCAGAUCCCCAAAGUGGUGAAGAGUCCCAGCUCCCUGCCUGCGAUACCACAGGUGCCAAGGCCGUUAAGCUUUGAAAAUGUUAUCUAG